AUGCCGCAUGAAACUGAUCCCUUGCUGGGAGUUAGCGCCCCUCGAUCGCGCCGUCUGAGCCGGUACGUGCGCAACGAGAUUGAUCCGCGACACGGAGACCUUCUUCUGCUGUUUUGCUAUAUCAUCACGGGGUUACUUGACAGCUCGGCCGUGUUUAUCUGGGGCUCAUUCGUGAGUAUGCAAACCGGCAACACGGUAUACUUUGGCUUGGGGUUAGUCGGGGCCGAAGGCGAUCGAUGGAUCAAGUCUGGGACUUCGAUCGCGACCUUCUGCCUGGGAUCGCUGUGCUUCGCUGCUUUUCAUCGCGCCUUCUCGCCUCGCCAGCGCUGGGUGCUCUGUGCGUCAUUCCUGGUCCAAAUGACCUGUGUUGGUGCGGCCGCCAUCAUUGUCAGCGUCUAUCGGCCCGCUCGGGAUGCCCCGUUGAGUUGGCUAGUGCUGGUUCCACUAGCCUUGGUCGCAUUUCAGAGCAGCGGUCAGGCUGUGACCAGUCGCGUACUCAAUUAUAACGGCCUGACCAGCGUCGUGCUCACGAGCCUUUACUGUGAUCUCUUCUCUCACCCCGACCUGCUAUCCCCGAGAGUGGUGGGUCACGCCGAGGAGAUGCGACGUGUAGGGGCCGUGUUGUGUCUUUUGCUGGGCACGGUACUGGGGGGGCUCUGGGCUCACAGCUCUGUCGGACUUAUGGGGGCGUUGUGGACGGCGACGGUACUGAAGGGGGUCAUUGUGGUCGCGUGGUUGGUGUGGAAGGGAAAGAGUCAAGGAGUCGAAGCAUAG